GCACAGUCCUCUUCAAUUCACCGAAUUUCAACUACACAUCGGCAAAACAUUUUUAAUAAUCCUAUUCGUGAACCUAUUGCUAAUUGCGUUUUACUGGAGAAAGUACGGCAGCAUCAUCACCGAUCGUUUUAUUCGUCCAAGCACUGCUAAAGAAAUUGAGGAACUGAAACUUUCCGUUGCCCGGCUGAAACUUCCAAAGGAGCAUAGCCCGAGGAUUUAAAAAGUGAUGUCCAACUCAAAAAAUAAGAUAAAAAACUUCUUCCUUAAACAGAAAUUAAAAUUUGGCGCACCUGGACCGGGUCGAAAGCUGAACUCUGAAGCACCUCCACCUAGCUCUUCUCGUUCCAAAUCAUCUGGUUCAGCAUCAAAAGAAGUUUACAUUCCGCCAAAGCGAAAAGAAUUGUCGGCCGAAGCGAAGGCAGCUGCCGAGGCUGCGUUGUCACGUGUCCAAAAUAGGGACAAAAAAGAAUUCAACACAUCUCUAGCGGCCAUUCAGGCUCAAGUUCGACGAGAACUCGAAGCUGAACGUAAAGCGAAAGAAUUAGCCGAACAAGGGCCAGCCGCAGGAGAGAGUACAGCGUCUACCGAAGACGAACGGAAAGAUCUGGCAGUGCAGGGCGUGUACUUCCGUUGUCCUUUGAUAAGCGAAGAAGUACUACCUCGGGCUGAAUGGAAAGUGAAAAUCAAGAAUUUUUUGUACGAACAGCUAGAGAUCGAGAAAGGUCUUUCAGCAUGCCUAAUAAUCUACAACUGUAAUCCCAAAGAGAAAGUUGAAACCUGCGUGGAGACGUUGAUCAAAUGUUUGGAGAACAUUAUAAAUCACCCGAGUGAAGAGAAGUAUAAAAAGAUACGCAUGACCAAUCGGAUGUUCUGCGACAAGAUAAAAGUAUGCGAAGGGGCGCUGGAAUUCCUACAUUCAGCUGGAUUUGCAGAGAUAGUUAUCGAUGACGAACCUUACCUGAUUUGGUCCGAGGAAAAUAUUGAGCCCGAUAAAUCUUUAGAUGUUCUUGUCGAUGCACUAAAAUGUUCAGAACCUUUUCAUCUGGAACUGGACCGCAACAUUCAAGUUCUGCUUCCGUCACAAGUGCGGAAAACUAACCUGCCACCAGAUUUCUUUCGCAUCUCACUAGAAGAAAUCAAGCGAGAGCAGCAAUUACGCAGCGAAGCACUAGAGCAAACGCAAAUUCUCAAAACCAAAGCCAUGCGCGAGAAGGAAGAACUUCGGGUCGUCAAUCGCUAUAAAUUCUCGCUCAUCAGGAUUCGUUUCCCGAACGGCGUAUACUUGCAGGGAACUUUUAAUGUGUACGAAAAGCUUUUCCAGGUGUUCGAAUUUGUGCAGUCAUGUUUGAUGCACGAAGCGGCAGAAUUUGCCCUGGUUCUACCAACUGGUCAACGCUUCACGGAUACCGAUAUGGAAAAAUCGUUAUUCGAUUUGAGACUGGUGCCGAACAUUGUUCUCAAUUUCUCCUACGAAAAUGAAUCCCGUGAACUGAGCGAUUUGCUGAAGGAAGACCUGAUGCUGCUGAUACAAUCGUUCUAAACUCGAAAAGAAGGGUAGACAUUUUGUUAUUUUGUUUUUAGUAUCCGUGUAUUUUGGUCCGCACAUUGUGUCGUUUUUUUUUCAUACAUGCAGUUUAACACCUCAAAAAUGUAAAAAAAAUUAUUUAAAAUAUAUUUUGUUGCGAAACAUA